AUGGCUCUGGUACGCGUGUCUCGAAAGGAGAUACGGCAGUCACCCCUGAGGAGCCGCGCGGAUAUAACUAUGGAGCUCGAUGGGCAACUAUACCUCAUUAAUCCAACUUCAUCUACAACUUCAAUCUUCUACUACUCCUCCACACCCUUCUUUCGCAUCAUAUUCGACAUGUUCUCCGCCACUCGCCUCCACAUCUUCGUCUGCCUCGCGCUCGGUAUCGCAGUCAGCGCCGCUCCCGCUGGCUCGGGAUCCAACCUCGAUGCUCGCUCGCCGGACGUGUACGACCUGACCGGUGGCAUCGGCGCUCUUCUCUUCGGAUACCCCGAGGGCUACGGCGGAGACAGCGACGAGGACGCAUACAUCCUCAGGCGCCAGAUCGAGAACCUCAAGGUCGGCUCUCGACUCGAUAUUAACAUGGGCGCCGCGCUCGGCGAAGGCCUCGGACUCGGCAAUGCCGUCCCUCUCAACUCUAUACCCAAGCGCGAUCUGUACGACCUCACCGGCGGUAUCGGCGCGCUCCUCUUCGGCUAUCCCGAGGGAGAAGCAGGAGAGAGCGACGAAGACGCGUACAUCCUCAAACGGCAGCUUGCCGGGUCUUCCGACAUCGGCUCUCAUCUCGCGUCCAACAUGGGGAUCCAACACGCUGUUCCGCUCGCUGAGGCUGGCCUCGGUCUCGCUGGUGCCGUUAACGCGGUCUCGAAGCGCGAUCUGUACGAUACAACAGGCGGCAUCGGUGCGCUACUCUUCGGGGCUGAGGGCUACGGUGGAGAAGCCGGCGAAGACGAAUAUAUCCUCAAGCGCGAUGUCUCCGAGGUCGAGGCGCGCGCUCCGGACUUCUACGACCUUACGGGCGGAAUCGGCGCGUUGAUUUUUGGGGCUGAGGGCGAGGGAUACGGUGGUGGUGGCGGCGAGGACGACUACAUUCUGAAGCGCCCUUGA